UAGAGCAGGGUUUAGACUUUAGAGUACUUUAAUUCAAUUUUAGAAGGGGAACUGCUAAUUAAAUUAGAAAAAGGGUAACUGCUGAUUCAACACCUAACAUAAAUUGAAAACGUUUCAUAAGACAAUUAAUACCACAGCUCAUUUCUUCCCGUAAAAUAACUAAGGAUCCUAGACUCCUAGUAUUGUUUAUCAUCCAAAACCAAACUCGAGAAAAAAAUCAUAUAUUGAACUACUUAUAACUUUUUUCUUCUCAUCAUGGCUAUCAAAAACGUGAUUUUGUUUUUAGCAGUUAUAUGCAUUGUGGUUUCCGUAAAUGCUCAACUACCACAGUUUCCGGCUCCUUUUCCUUUUCCAUUUCCAUUCCAACCAAUUCCUAAUAUGUCAGGAUUACCUGAUAUAACUAAAUGUUGGUCAUCGGUGAUGGAUAUUCCUGGAUGUAUUGCGGAAAUUUCUCAAUCGAUAUUCAUUGGAAAGUUUGGUAAUAUUGGUCCUGCUUGUUGCAAAGCAUUUUUGGAAGCUGAAACCAAUUGUAUACCAAAAAUUCCAUUCAUCCCCCUCUUUCCACCUAUGCUAAAGGAACAAUGUUUAAAAGUUACCGGCGCAGCUCCUCCUACCACAAAAUAGAGUUUUUAGAAUAAUUUUGUAACUGUUGAUUUUUCUAGUUGAAAAUAAGGUUAAGUUUUAUGAUAUUGUACUCAAAUAUUUUUAAUGAUAUA